CCUAGAACGAGACAAGAAGGAGCAGUGGCGACUCUGUGAGUGACAGUGCGCUGAAAACUGUCAAAAAGAAGAAGGGGACAGAGUCAGAGAAAGAGAACGAGAGAAUAGGCGCUUCAUUUUCCCUCUCUUUUCAAAAAACUCCCCCCAAAACCAAAACCAAAACCCAAACCCAAUCUUCUUCCCUCCCUCGCUUCUUCCUCUCCACUACAAUGAUCUCACUCUCGCACCGCCAUUUCCAUAAACUCCCUCCAGCAAGCCAGGACGGGGGAAGAAACUCGAAAUUUCGCAGGAUCCGGAAUCUCCUCCUCCCCAAAUUCAAGCUCCGCGUGCUCCCCUCCCUCCGCCGCGGCGCCCGCAAGGUCAAACCCUCCUCCAAGUCUUGCAAGAGAAGCUGCUCCAGAUAUUUGGUGGUCACCCGUUUCUUGACCAUCCGGAAAACCCAUUCCGGCCCUCCUCAUCCUCCUUCGACGGCGGUUAUGACUGAUUCUCCUCCUCCUCCUCUUCCUCCCACCCACGGCGGGGGUCUUGCCGGCGGUGGUCCCCACUCGCCCGAAACCCUAGCUUUAGUAGAGCUGCUGCAGCUGUCCGAUCCCCCUGAAGACAAAGGCCCCUGGAGAAUUGUAUCAGGUGAUGCUCACGACCUUGAUUCUGGGCAAACCCUAGACCCCGCCGGUCUGGCUCGUCCCGAAAUCGGGGCUUCUUUGAGUCGUGGGGGUUUUUCGGGCGGGGAUGGUGGUGACGGAGUUGUUGAUUUCAAGUCUGCUUUUACUUCUUCGUCUGGAAAAGAGUCGGCGGCGGCGGCGAUGGAGGCGCAGCCGUCGGAUGGGGAAGCUGUUAUAGGGGUGUCAUCCGCUGCCCCCUCUGGAGAAUUGGGGUCGGAUGAUGAUUGGGGGGACUAUCAGGGUCCUGGGUCUCCUAUGGAAACGGAAGCUGGAACCAGUGCCCCUUCUUCGCCGAAUGCCAAGUUAAGCGAUGGAGAGCUUGAUCGUGACGAGGGCGACUCAGAGUACUUCAAUCAGCCUCCCCUCGUUGUUCACGCUCAACGUUCUGGUUUUGGAGGCGAUGGCUUUCAUUGCCGUGGCUGUCCUGCGCGCAAUGGAUAUGGUUUGUGGUGCCAGUGCUCGCCCCGGCUGGAUAGAGGCCGCUCCGAUUCAGAAGAUGAAGAUGAUAGGCGUAGGGAUUUUUUCUGUCCCCGGAGGAAAGAGGAUAGGCCUAUGGGUUAUUUCUGGUCCCGGAGGGAACCUGUUCCUACUGGCAUGGGUGCUGGACUGGCAAACCUUGGAAACACAUGCUUCAUCAAUGCGAUUUUGCAAUGCUUUACACACACUGUCCCUCUUGUCAAGGCUCUACGAUCUCACAAUCAUUCAUUACCUUGUGACCGAGGUACUGAUGGAUUCUGUGUUCUUGAUGCACUUCGUGAUCACAUCGAACGUUCUCUGACUUCUUCGGGAGAAACUAUUGCUCCCCGGAAGCUUUUCGAGAACUUGAGCUGUAUCCUUUGUUGCCUUCGUUAUGCUUCGUGGUUGUGUUACAUGGUUCUUCUUGAUGAUCUGAUCAAGCAAGCAUUGAAUUAUCCAUUUGAUGUUAGUGUAGGAAGAUCAGGCAUUUCAUCCUUUUUCCAAAGAUACCAUCAGGAAGAUGCACAUGAAUUUCUGCAGUGCUUGUUGGAUAGGCUCGAAAGAUGUUGUUUAGAUCCCAAUCCAGCUGAAGGUUCCUCAUCUUCAGAAGCUGAUAAUAUUGUGCAGCAAAUAUUUGGAGGUCGUCUUGUGAGCAAGCUAAAGUGUUGCAGCUGUGGCCACUUCUCUGACAAAUAUGAACCUUUAAUUGACUUGAGCUUGGAGAUUGAAGACGUGGACAGCCUUCACGAUGCACUUGAAUCUUUCACUAAAGUGGAGAAGAUAGAAGAUCCGGAAACAAAGCUAUCGUGUGAUAGUUGCAAAGAAAAAGUUACAAUGGAGAAGCAGCUUAUGCUGGACAGGGCUCCUUUAAUUACUACUCUGCAUUUGAAGAGGUUCAAAACUGAUGGGCACUCGGUGGAGAAGAUUGGCAAGCAUGUUGAGUUUCCUCUGGAGCUGGAUUUAGCGCCCUACUCCAGUGAUGACCAGAAUGACAAUGAGGGUUUGAAGUAUCAACUGUAUGGAGUUGUGGUGCACAAUGGUUUUUCACCUACCUCUGGACACUACUUUUGCUAUAUAAAGUCGUCACCUGGAAAAUGGCACAAGUUGGAUGACUCAAGGGUCACUGAAUGUCGCGAAGAAUUUGUAUUAUCUCAAGUUGCAUAUCUUCUAUUGUAUGCCAGAGAAGGUACACCUUGGUUUUCAAGUUUAAUGGACUCACAAAAGGUUAAUCGAGAGUUGGGCUCUUCAAGUACGUCGCCAAAAUCUGUUCUACAAACCAUGGAAGUUGAGUAUACUUCAUCUGAUAAUAACAGUAAGGAAAAUGGUGACCAUUGUGAUGCUGCUGCUUCUGUUUUAACUGGAGAUGAAGCAGUAAUACUCGAGCCCAAAAUCGAUUCUCCUCGUGAACCAGUAGUGCAAGAUAAACAAGUUGAGAUCCUUGAGCAGAACGAUGGUAAAGGGCUUGAGGAAGGGCCGAGUUUUUGUGAUGACGAGACCAAAGGUGCUGCAAAACCAUCGUCUUCUCCUCCUCCUGCGGCUGCUGAUGAUAUUCUUCAGGCAACAAGAGAGCCUCAGGAUUAUGGCACUUUCAACGACCAGAACUUGCGUCCACAGCUUCUCGCCAAUCCAAGUGGCAGUGGCCCGACUUGCGAGAAAAGUGUCAGAGAUGAUGAUGGUGGUCGGCUUUUCCAAUCCCAGAUACCCUUCACGCAUUCAGGUCGUGCUACCAAUUCCGUAAGACUACCAGAAACCAGGUAUCGGAAUCCAAGAGAUCAGCAGUGCAAGGCUGGCAAUCUUGUAGCUGAGGAGAGACUAUCAAGAAAGGGAGGCAAGGAUCCACAGACAAGUGAAGCUGUUCGGUACAUGAACAAGACGAUGUCUUCUUCCAGACGGAAUCAGUUGAUGGCCGCAAUUGAUCUCCCAAACGAAGCGAAGAAAGGAGGAUUGAGAACGACGAUGUGCAGUAGUAAGAGGUCCAGAUCUGCGGAUCCCAGCCGGAGAGUGCUGCGCCGGACUGAAGCCAUGCGAUGAUGAUGCAUCGAUUAGUAGUAGUAGUAGUAGGAUGAGGGAGCUGUAACUAGCAAGAGUGAAAUGGGAGGAAUGUAAAUGCUUUUGCUCUGUGAACAAAUAGUUCCAAACUAUGGAACAAACACGGAGCUCAUUUUGGCUCUAACUUCUCUUUUGACGAGUCAUAGCAAGAUUAGUUUGUUCAACAUGUCCCCAAUAAAAUAGCCUGACAAAAAGGUAUCACGUUU